CAACCCCAUCCCAUUCUGUCACACUCUCUCCUUUUUCUCUAUUUUUGUUCUUACACACAGCUCCCAUUUUCCCUUCCCAAAAUCUCUGGAAAAAGACGUCCCUCUCUGGUAAAACGUGUAAUAUAAUAUAGAUUACUCCCAUCUCCAAACCAAAUAUGGUACACACCCUAAACCAGGCGGCGUGAGAAUAUUUCAGCCCAUGUUCUAUAAAUGUAAAACAAGAGAAACCGAGAACCAACAAGAACAAAUGUGCAAACGUGGCGAUGGACCCACCCUUUAACGAGGCUUACAAGGCCCUCCUGGCCGAAUCGGGCGGCGGCGGAAGCGAGGGCGGCGGCACGGUGGAGGAAUGCGAGCUUCCGGUGGUGGAUUUGAGGCGGCUGAGCGAAGGAACGGCGGCGGAAGUGGAAGAGUGCAAAAAGGAGAUUGCUAGAGCCUGUGAGGAGUGGGGCUUCUUCCAAGUUGUGAACCAUGGGAUUUCCAAAAGGCUUUUGGGGGAGAUGAGGGCCAAACAAAUGGAGCUUUUUAAGCAGCCGUUUGAGCGUAAGUUUAUGAACUUCUCCGCCGGAAGUUACCGGUGGGGGACGCCCACCGCCACUUCUCUCCGGCAACUCUCCUGGUCCGAAGCCUUCCAUGUUUCUCUCUCUGAUAUUUUGGGAUCCACUGCCCUCUCCGAUCAUCUCACCCUCAGGUCAACGAUGGAAGAAUUCGCGGGAAAAGUUUCAAGCUUGGCGCAAAAGGUAGCGGAGAUCUUGGCGGAGAAUUUGGGGAGCAGCUCAAAAUUCUUCGUGGAAAAUUGUGUGGGCAGCAGUUGCUUUCUCCGGAUGAACCGGUACCCGCCGUGUCCGGUUCCGGGUCCGGGUCAGAUAUUCGGGCUGAUGCCCCACACCGACAGCGACUUCCUCACCAUUCUGCACCAGGACCAAGUCGGCGGCCUCCAGCUCCUGAAGGACGCCCGGUGGAUCGCCGUCAAGCCCAAUCCCGACGCCCUCAUAAUCAACAUCGGGGACUUGUUUCAGGCUUGGAGUAACGAUGUUUACAAAAGUGUUGAGCAUCGAGUCGUGACGAACCCGAAGGUGGAGAGAUUUUCGGUGGCUUAUUUCUUCUGCCCUUCCAACGAAACGGUUAUAAAGAGCGAGUGCGAGAACGAGGCUGCGGCGGUUUAUAAAAGGUUCAGCUUCAGGGAAUUCAGGAAUCAGGUUCAAGAGGAUGUAAGGAACCAUGGCUACAAGAUUGGCCUUCCUAGGUUUCUCUUGUCAUCAUGAUUAUUCAUGAAACACACAAUUAUUUACACUUUAAAAUCGCUGCGGUUUUGUAGAUUGUGAGAUGAAACGCAUAUUUUCUAAGUGCGUUUACAAGUAUCGAGUGUGGUGAGCUGGUGGCCGAUGGUGGUCUCUUUUUCCUUCUUCUUCUUUUUUUUGGUUGUAAUGUAAGGCUGGAUCUCUAUUGCCAUUUAGGAUAAUGGCAUUAAUUUGAUAUAUAGUACGACAGAUGGAAAAAAAAUGUAACCUCCCCUUUUGGAUAUAUAUAUGUUAACAUUUUGGAUGUGACAUAGUUUCUCAAAAGUAUCAAAUAACCCCUCGAGGUAAUGUUAAGGGUUAUGGUACCCUCAUACUCCAAGUACCAUUUUG